CGACUGCAGACAAUUUUCCGGUUGAUCUCGCUCCACUGUCCAGACCGUCAAAAUGCUCUCUCUCAUCCUCACUGCAGAACUGAACGGAGUCACCCAGCUUCGUCCCACCGACACUGAGGAGGAGCCUUAUUACUAUACCUUCAAGGUUCAAUGCAAUGCUUGUCGCGAGACUCACCCUAACUGGGUCAGCUUCACCCGCUUUGAACAACACGAGAUCCCUGGAAGCCGUGGAGAGGCCAACUUUGUGUGGAAAUGCAAACUUUGCCAGAAAACUCAUUCGGCUUCGAUCAUGAACUCUCCGAAUGCCUAUGAGCCCCAGGAAAAGCGCAAGGGCCAGAAGGUCAUUGACCUGGACUGCCGUGGCCUGGAAUUCACCGAAUUCAAACCCGAUGGAGAAUGGGACGCCAAGGGCAUCGAGUCUUCCACUCUUUUUACAGCCAUUGACCUCUCCGAGGGCGAGUGGUAUGACUACGACGAAAAGGCAGGAGACGAAGUCUCUGUCAAGGAAAUCAGCUGGGACAUUGGAAGAGCUUAGAGGAAUCUCCAUGCCAAUGCCUUAAUCUACGAGCACGAUACCAUCUGCAUCUGCAUUUGACCAUCAGCGUCAUCUGACUUGGUUCCUUGAGAAAUUCUCCUUUGAUUGUGUGUAUCUCUCGUCCUGCUGAUGGCUUUCGGCAGCCGUGGCUUUCGGUCCAUGUACGAAAUGGCCGGGUAGAUACGAUAAAAUGUUAUGUAAACAGUAUGAAAACACCAAGAAAUUUCAAUCCACG